GGUAGCAAAAAAAAACAAUCAGGCGGUCAAGCCAUGUUUUAUCUUUUAUAUGUGUAUAUUUAUUUAUAAAAAAAACAUCCACCACUCUGGGAGAGGAGGUCGUAGUCCACUGUAGUCCACCCAGCAACCAGCUGUAGCCACUGGGCUACGGCCUUUUCAACCCCAAACAUUUUAACUCAUUAAUCAAUCAUUAGUGGCCGAGAGGAAAUUGGUUCUUAAACCUUUAGAGUUCGCCAUGGGAGUCAUCCGAAAUUUCGCCAAUUUACCCGAUCCAUUUCAUCAGCCCCAGGACGUCCUUGAAGAGCUGCUCGGUCAAGGAGACGAAAGGGACCUCGAACAGCCCCCGGCGCAGCCAGCGCAGGGGCAGCAGCAGCAGCGGCGUCAGCGUCGUUCGAGGUCGCAGCCGCAGCACAACGACUGCUGCAUCGAGCUGGUCGGACUCAGCGCCAGGGGAAAGCGCAAGUCGGGCAAGAAGGGCAGGAGGCUCGAGAACGCAAACUACCUGCAGAGUCUGGCAGACGAUGACGAAGUCGGCCAGCUCUCGAUUUACGACUUCGUCCGGGACUCCGUGUCGGCUUUCUCCUGGCUUAUGGCUGAUCCGCAGAACCGAAAGAUCUGGGACGACCUCCUCGACUGCACUGGUGAACCGGACGAGGAACCAGAAGCGAGCGAGAGACUGCACCCGGUUGCACACGAAGACCUGACGAAGGCGACGGCGGAUGCCUGCUUCCAGAGACUGGACACAGCACUGAGAAGCCUUCUUUGCAGACAGCAUGUGCCUCUGGGCACCUUGUGCGUCCUGGAGGAACGGCUGGCCGAGAGCUUCCUGAAGGAGCCCCGCUCGGAGCAGUGCUACUGCCUGGCCAGCAGCUUUGACAGGCUCCUGCUGCACGCCCUCUGCCAGUACAUGAGCCUGCUGGCUAGGAGCUACGACUCCGACGGCGAGCGCUGGACGCGCGUGCGCAACCUCCGGCCCAAAUUUGACCUCCCGGCGGAAGCGCUGUCCACCUACCUGGAGAGACGCCGGUGCUCCUGAAGAAGCCUGCGGCCCUUUCUGCAACCCGCGUGGCGGCGUCACUUGCUCCCGCUUCGAGACGAGCUCACCCACCUGCACCCAGUGCUGCGUCGGUACAGUGCCCGGGACGCCAGCGCGCUUACCGCGUCCUAAAAAGUGGUUUCUCGAUUUUUGCCCGGCGACGUCGUAGAGGGGUCACGUUGUUGCCUGCUGCGAUCCUGGGGGCGUUGCAGCAACGACGGAGGGUGUGGUAGAUGGCCUUUCUGCUGCAGGUUGCUCUUCAGCUAGACAGUUCACGGAAGCUUUGGCAGUCGGUGGUGGGGACGCCGAAAGCGUGAGGCUCGUUUUUGCUCGAACUUUUUUCCGGGACUUCUGGCGCCAACCGCCAAGAUCGCUACAUCGGACGGCAUGAUGACCCGGCUUUUGUGACGUCGUUCGUUGAAACUUCGCGGAACCACUUUUGAUGUGUGGGCGGGAUAGGACACUAAAAUAGGAGACACGUUCCAGGCACCAUUCGUCAACAAUGUGCGCCGUUCCCGACACACUGUGGCCGGACCGAGGUUCGGGCCAAGACUGCCAAGGGCGGUGCAAUUUCGAGAAGGCGGGACGGUGUCCAAACGCACGCGCACUCGUCGUAGUUUUACUUUACGGUGUGAACUUGUCCCUGGAGUCUUCAUACAUUACAAAUGCUUUUGAUAAAGUGUGGUUGGUGGCACCUGCA